AUGUCGCCAAAUAAGUCGAUCACUCUCCUGGACGUCAAACACUCGAACCCUCCAACAUGUGCUGGGUAUGCCUACACCACUUCUUCCCUCUUCUGGAUCCGCGAUGGUGCAAGUCAGUGUCUAUGUCCCAGGCAAAGUCAUCUAGCGACCGUUUCGUUAAAUUUACGUCUAAAGGACAACAUUUGCUGCGAAAAAGCAGUGACUUUGCCACAGGACCGACUUCAAAUCACCGCUACUUCUCCGCGUAGGGCAUCCGAAUCUCUUGAUCUAGCAUAUGGAUGUACUUGUCCUUAUGUAUGGAUUCUCGUUCUAAAGAUGUCUGUCACAUGA